UAUUGGUUGUGUUUUUGUUUUUAUAAAAACAAACUAAAUAAGAAAAUUAGUGUAACCAUUAAUUGAUAAUUAAAAAUAAAUAAGUAAAAUACUGCGUUAUUAAUAUACUAUAUACGCUAUAGCUGCAGUUUUAAAAAAAUACUGAAACAAAAUGGAGCAACUAUCUGGUGUUAUGAUAAUCAUCAUAAUAGGAGGCGGAGUGCUGACUUUUGUGAUGCUAUUCAUCUUCGCCAAACGACAAAUUAUGCGUUUUACACUACGAAGUCGACGCGGGCCACACGUACCCGUGGGUAAUGAUGCAAAGAAGACACUACGGAAGGAGAUUGAGCGUCGUCUAGAUUGCAUACAGAAAAUUGCACAAGAGCCGAGAUUACUUUGGACAGAUGAUAAAUAUAUUUUGCGUACGGAUCAACCGUUACCGCCAUAUUAUUAUCGCAUGAAAGCUGUUGACGAUGUCAAAAUUUUGGAAACGGAAAUAAUGCGUAGCGAUGGUAGCAUGCGACAUCCAUACGAUAGUUUGCGAGCUUUUCUACUUACUACACUUGCUGCCACGACACUUAAUGGCUCGGGACAGCAACGAAUGAUACAUCAAUUUUGUGAUAUGUAUGAGCACGCCCGACACGAUCCUAAUGAAUUUGACAGUGAAGAAUAUGAAGCAUAUCAUCGUUUAUUACUCAAACUAAUUGAAGCUGCUAAACAAUUAAAAUCUCUGAUCAGUUCACGCAAAACAUCACCUGCACGCACACCGAAAAAACAAACAAAAAUGCAUUCUUUGUUGGACCCGGCACGUUUGCGUCCGCCUGCAACAACACCUAAAAUGCCAUCAAAUACUGGUUUAACUGUAGGACAACAAUCGAAAGUGAAUUUGACAUUAGGUUUACAAGGCCGUGACAUGGAUACUGUGGAUAUAGCACAUAAUCCCUUACAUUUGCAACCACCCACCGAGCGCGAUAUUAUAAUACGGAAUCGCAUUAAAACUCCUACACUGGACGAUGACGACGAUGAGGACAUUAAUAAUUCAGGAGGAGGCGAUGGUGGGCUCAAUGACGCUGUGCGCAUAGAAGAUGUGGAAGGUGAAGAUAAUGAAGUGAUGAGCAUUUCAUCGGUACAAUUUCAACCGAAUUCAAGUGUUGUUUGAUUGAUUGAGUAUGCGGCGCGCGCACGUUACAUGACAAGUGCGUUAAGGCGUCUGCUACCAAAAUGAAAGAGUAACUGCAAGUUAAAGUGCAUAAACAUAUUGUUAGAGAAAUAACACAAAUGUUAUGUGAGUGGUUAAAAAAUUUUGUAUGAACCAAAUCACCGGCACUUUAUAGUUUGAUGGUAUGCAACAGGGUGUUUUUUCCAUUAUCGAUCUAGAUCAAAGUUUUAAUCGAAUUCGAUACAAACAAAA